AUGAGCGGACCAAUCUAUUCAAGUUGUGCCAAUUCCUUUCCAAUUGUUUUCUUUUUUCUUUCAUUGUCUUUUUUCUUUCCGUCAUUCCCCGUUUUCAUUCAUAUAUUUGUAAUCUUUUCAUUUUCUUUCAUUCUUCCUGUCAUUUAUUUUUUCUUUCGCUUCUUCGUAAACUUUCGUGUUUUACGUUUUUUUUCUUUUUAUCAUUUCCUAAAACAUAUUUUUUCUGUUAUUUCCAUCCCAGAAUGCAAGAGUAAACCAGCUGACAUCGCCUUCAUUAUUGACGAUUCUCGAAGUAUCUAUGGACCCGAUUUCUACAAAGGCAUGGAAUUCAUAGAAAAUUUUGUGGACAUUUUUCAAAUUGGUCCCCAAGAUGUUCGCAUCGCCGCCGUGACAUUCGGUCAGAUAGUGAUAACAUAUUCGACUUUCGGGUUUGAAGCGAAUAACAAUAAACGUGAAGUUCUUAAUGCUCUUGGUAGAAUCAAGUUCAAACCUCGUUAUGGAAGUGCGACCUUCACAGAUAAAGCCAUUACUUAUGCCCGUAACAAUUUUUUCAACCAUGCGCGACCUAAUGUUAAAAAGGUUGCUAUUAUCCUUACCGAUGGAAGAUCCGAAUAUCCGCCAAAGACAAAAGCAGAGGCGGAGCUUCUGAAAAGCCAGGAUGUUGACAUUAUUGCUAUUGGUGUCGGCUCUGCUGUUGAGGAGAGUGAACAGAAUUCAAUUGCUAGCAGUCCCGACAGCGUUUUUCUAGUAAAUUCUUAUGGCGCCCUGAAAAAAAUCAUACGAUCUCUUCGUUUCAUCACCUGCAGAGGUAAGUUAUAG